AUGGUGUUAGUGGAGGACAAAAAUAAUCUUCAAGAAGUGUUUCCGGCUUCGUUGACUGUUGAUAGUGUUUUGGGAGAAGAUUUAGAAGAGAUAACUCAGCAGGGCCUGAUUAGUACUUUGGGUCAUUUACUAGUAAAAACUUUGUGUUUGUUGUGUAGUGGCGAAGGUUUGUCAGAAACAGGGUCUAAGAAGGAGCUAGUGGAGAGAUUGGUGGGAAAUGUGUUAAGUAAGGCGAAAGGGAAAGGGAAACCAGGGGAUGUUGGUCAAGAUAAGAAUGUAUGGGAUGGGAGGAAUAUUACAUUAGAGGAUAUAAGUUGUGGAA